AUUCCUUCAUUUUUUUUUUUUUACCUUUAAUAAUAUUGUAUUUAUUUAUUUUUUAUAUAUAAAUAUAUAAAAAAAAUAAAAAAAUAAAAUGAAAUUAUUAUUAGUACUUAUAUUAUCAUUUUUUGCAUUUUCCAAUGGUAAACUUGUUAAAAUCACUCACACAAGUGGAAAUCAAUGUAAUGGAAAAAUUCGUAAUAUUGAAAUUAUGUCAUUGUGUACAUUCAAAAAUAAAUAUGACCUUAGAGACAACCAAUUAACAUUUUAUGAUCGUAACAGCUCACAACCAUACACAUGUGAUAGUGAAAGUUUUGCAGGAUAUGGAACCACUGUAUCGUCCGGAAAAUGUUAUCCUGAUGGUGAAACAACUUCAUUCUCAUACUCCACCAUCGAAGGAAAAACUGUUGAAAAAGCACUAGAAAAUGUACCAGAGGGCUCCUGUAAUGAUAUUUAUUAUGUUGAUGGAGAAUGUAACAACAACUUUUAUAUAUCAACAUAUGUAAACAACUCCUGUGUUCCAAAAUGGGUAGAAGAAUACAAUACCACAGUCUAUAUUAAAGUUAACUGUGACAAAGAUACUUUAAAAACCUCUCUAUAUUCAUCUCCAGACUGCUCUGAUGCACCAAUAAAUGUUGCUCCUUCACCAUAUAAAAAGAGAAAUUGUGAUAAAACCUUCACUGCUCAAGGUACCAAAUCAAAUGAUGUAUACCAUUCAUUUGUUUACAAACCAAUUCCAUCAACCCCAUCAACCCCAUCAAACCAUCCAAAUCCAACCAAAAAUCCAUACCACGAUGACAAUUUAGAUCCAAAUAAUGCCAUUAAAGCUAUUCCAUCUCUUUUUGCUAUUGUUUUAGUAAUAAUUUCUUUAAUCUUUUAAUUUUAAUAGAGUUAUAAUAAAAAAAAAAAAAAAUGUAAAAAAAUAAAAUAUAAAUUUCUUUUAAAC